UACAUGCACAAUCCAAGAUGGCGCAUAACUUCUUCCUCGCUUACUGACUGUUGGGCGCUCACUGCUGUCUUUAGUGGCUGGAAGCUAUACUACCAUAAUUCGUACACAUCAUCGUAUUAAGCCAUCUUCCGACCAACGGCGGCAGCACUGAGCACAACGACGCCGAGUGAGCAGCACUCCCAUCCGCUAGAAGGGAAGAUGUAGAGCGUUAUUUUAGAUUUUACACGGUAAUUUUACUUUAUGUACUACACGUCUGGUUUACAAUCCAGCACACAAUCCACCUGAAUAAGUCGUGUUUCUGAUGCAGCAACUCCUGCCUACAGGAGCAGACAGGAUGGCUGUGACUAUGGCCAAGGCUGAUGGGGUCACUGUGUUCACUUUGACCUCUGACCCCCAAAAUCCUUGUCCUCCACUGUGCCAAAUCCUUGGCGGCCUCUGCUACAGCCCCAUAUGCUGCUCCGUGUCUCAGCACUUGAGGAGGGUCCAGAGAUCUUCUCAGUCAGUACUGGGGACUCUGCAUAUUAUGAUUGGCUUGCUCAACAUCAGCCUUGCGGCGAUCCUCUUUAGCGGCGGCCGCGGCUCCUUCUGGAGAUUGGAGGAAUCUGGGUUUCCGUAUUGGUUUGGAGGAAUACUUAUUGUGUUUGGCAUCGUGAACAUUGUGUCUGAGAAGUACCCCAGUCCAUGUCUGGUCAUCAUCAGCGUGAUUCUGAAUCUAGUUGGAGUCGCUUCUGCGAUUGCAGGCAUCGUUCUCUACAGCAUCAAUAUAGCACACAUACGGCUGUGGUGGAUCUGUAAUCGUUACGACUAUUCGGAUUACAACACGCCAGCUCCAUCUCAGCGAGACCAUGUCUUCAAGGAGGAAUGCUUGGAGGGCAAAGAGCUGGCUCUGAUGCUUCUGAGAAGCAUCAAUGCAGUCCUGAUCGUCCUGUCAGUCCUGGAGCUCUGCGUUGCCUUCAGCUCUGUUGUCCUGGGAAUCAAAGCUCUGAGGAGCAGCGAGAAGAGCAACAACAAGAGCACCGAUGAGCCGGAGCUCUACAAAGCGCUGCUGGAUGAAGUCGAGAGUAACCCCACAGCCUGAAUGAAAACCUCUGCUUUGUGCGGUCACUGAAAUCCUGUGCAUUUACACAAAUUCAGCUGGCACAGUUGCUGACAAACUUUUACGAGAAGAAUUGCUUUGAAAUAUUUGCACUUACAGUGGGCUUUAAUCUUUAGAGAAAUAAGAAAUAAAUAAGUUCUAAAAUAUUUUUUUGCCAAUAUUCUGCACUGAUCUGAAACGUAUUCUGCUGUCCAUUUCAUUCUCUUUGUUGAUGAUUUCUUUUGAAUUGUUCCUGCUUUAUAUGUGAUUUUCUACGUGUUUUGGUCAGUAUGUUUCAAGUAAAAGGGAGAUUCAUUCAUUUACUCAUGUGUUGAUGGUACCGCUGCACAUUUCAUUUUCUAUUUCUGCCAUCCAUUGAAGAACUAGUUGAGCUCUUUUUGUUUAAAUCGGAACAAUUGUAGCUGAAAGACAAACUGAAAUGUGAGGUGAAGACGAUAGGUACUGUUUAUCAUCAAAAUGAAACUUAAAGAAAAUGAUUAAAUCCAGUCUGCUCGGUAGUAUUAA